CGUGCCUUUUUGAACAGUACGGGCCGGGCUUGGACAGUCUAGCCCUAGCCUAGCCUGUUCACACCUCAAAAAUUAUAAUUGCUUUCUUGGCAACCGCCCCUCCCUCUCUCCCAGAACCGUACGAGCUCGAGCGUUCUGUUUCUUCUCCGAUUUCUCAGAUAAUAAUUCGAGGAAAAAAAAGUUAUGGCGGUGCAUGAGGAUUCAAGUGCGGUUGAGAAGAAAUCAACUGAUGCUAGCAAUGAUCUGCCGAUUUUCAAUGCCGAUAAUUUGCAAAGCAACAUGAAAAUCAUCUACUACAGCCGUACCUUUGUAUCCAUCAUUGGUGGAGUGGUUGCUGGGAUUCUGGGGCUUACUGGUUUGAUGGGUUUUGUCUUUUAUUUCUUGAUCAUGGCAAUUACUUCUUUGGGACUCAUGGCCAAGGCAAAAUUCUCUGUUCAUGAAUACUUUGAUUGCUGGAAUCGGAUUAUAAUCGAUGGCUUCCUUGGCGGGCUUAUGAUACUGACAUUAUCUUGAUGUGUUUGCAGUCGUUUGUGCUAUUCUGGACAUUCGCUUAUGACAUUGUGCAUAUUUUCUGAGGGAUGGCAUCUGAGGAAUGGUGGGAGAGCUUUUGGCGCAACGCAAAGCUAAUUCCAUAUCAGGUCUGGACUUUCAACACAAAACAAUACUCAUCUGCUGGAAUUACCCACUUGUGUGCUGAGAAGGAUUUUGAAGGAUCCUAUUUGGUUGUGAUAGUCAGCUUUCAUUCUGUUUUUAUUUUAAUCCAUCAGAGCCUAUACGAAUGUUAGAUUUGGAGUUGCAGCAAUACAAAGACUCUGCACAUGUUUUCCAGAUAUGCCCUUCUUAAUCUUGAUGGAUCUUUUGCAUAUUGGCUUAUAUGAAAAAAUCCUAGUUUUUCUAGGCACCCUUUA